AUGGAUCAACUACAACGCUGGCUAUUGCCUACCGAUUCAUCAAGCAAUCUUGCUGCGGCAAGGGCGUGCCGCCAUGAAGGUACGGGAGCCUGGUUUCUUGAAGGCGCUGGCCUCUCCGACUGGAAGACUGGAAAAUUCCAACACUUGUGUCUUUACGGUCUUCCAGGGUGUGGCAAAACCAUCCUUGCUGCAACCCUUUUUGAGCAUCUCCAACGGACAGACCUUCGCCUCACUGUAGGCUUUAUUUUUGACUUCAAGGACUCCAGGAAGAGAACAUUCGAGGACUUCCUUCGCUCAAUAACAUGGCAGCUUUACGGGACUGCCGAUGAGACCACGAGGUGUCUUGAUAUGCUUCACUCAGCUUGUGAUGAUGGCCAAAGUCAGCCACAUCCAUCUCAACUGGCGAGUUGUGUCGAGGCAAUGUUGCAGUCAUCUCGCGGAGCCAGUCUUGUAAUAGACGGUUUGGAUGAUUGUUCUGAUGCAACAGAACUCGUUCAAUGGAUUCGGCCAUUGUCCUCUGGCCCAGAAUUCGCCCAUAUAAAGUUGGUCUUGACUGUCCGCCAGCACUCCAUAUUAUUCAGAGACAUCUCAAACGCUACCGAUGACAUCAACUACGUGCAACUCGAUAAGCACACAAUCGGAAAUGACAUCAACGCCUAUGUCACCAGCUGGCUCGAAGGCUCAAGAUUGAAUUGGAAGUACUCCCAGGCCCAGCUUCAUCGUAUACGUGAAAGGGUCAUCGCUAGAGCCGACGGCAUAUUCUUGAUGGCCACACACGGCAUGAAAGACGUCCUUCAAUGUCAUGAUUAUGAAAUCAUCGAAGACUCGUUCACAGUUCCACAAGAUCUAAUUGAUAUCUACCGCACUGGGCUCGAAACGCAUUCCAGCCCAAUGGAACGGGAUCGCCUUUUUCAAUUCCUCGUCCAUGCACAGCAGCCCUUGAUCCUAGAUGAAGCAAUUGACAUCUUGGCUACGGGAACAUCACACUUUCGAGAAAAGGACAGAAUAAGAGACCCCGAUCAUCUCCCAUGGUUAUAUUCACCAUUCCUAUUUACCAGCCUCGUCUCCACUCCGAACGGAAACUCAAAACAGGUUCACUUCAUCAACAUCACGGCAAAAGAGUACCUUUUGAGCAAACCUGAAUUUGAGCUUAAGCUGGCCAGUUUUUCAAUCACCAGGACCUGUCUCGUAUAUCUCAAAUCCGUCAAAGGCAGUCUAGAGGAAGUGUUGAGAGACUUCCCCCUGGCAAGGCGAGCGAUGACUAUGUUAAUGGUCCAUGCUAGGUUCACUGAGAAUAGCAACAUCUUCUUCGAAGAGCUAUACACGCUCUUCCAAGACGGGACAAGGUUUGAUAUGUGGUGCCGUGUGUUUCCAAACUCCGGGAGUCAGAAGAGACACACUUCCAACGUGUGGCACCAAUUGUUCCCCAACGCUAUGAGGAACAACGUGUCGCCUUUAUACUACACCUGCAAGGCCGGACUGUUCAGGCUCUCCAGAAGGCUGCUGGAGGACGGUAUGGACGCCAAUGCCUGGAGCGAACCGCAUCUAAGCGCCAUUUAUGCUGCUUCACAAGAAGGCUUCAAUGACAUCAUUGAGCUCCUACUUGUAUUCGGCGCCGACGCAUACGAAGAAUACGAUCCUCCAUGCAGCCCUCUUCAGAUAGCCGCCGAAAACGGACAUGUUCACACUGUGAAGCUUUUGCUCGACAGAGGCCAACGGAAGAUAGAGCAGGAACUACGUGACCAUGCCCUCGCAUCGGCCUCAUCCAGGGGACAUGUGGAAAUUGUUGGCCUUCUGUUGGGACACGGAGCAGAUGUCAAUGUACGAAUCGGUUCCGGUGGUAAUGCGUUCUGCGAAGCUUCGCGGAAUGGCCAUGUUGGUGUCGUUGAGUAUCUGCUAGACCGCAAACGCAGGGAUCCGACCCUCGAACCACAAGGCCGCUCAUGGGAUGACGCUAUUUGGGCUGCCUCUGUAGGAGGCCACGAUAAGGUUGUACAACUACUCCGUAAUGAGAGACUUUGUCUAGCGGCGUCGGGUGGUGACUACGACAUGGUCGAAGCCCUACUCAAUGAAGGUGCCAAUCCCAACACGAGCGGCCGUGGUCAACGGAACGCCUUGCAGUCUGCUGUGGACAAAGAAUACGCCGGGAUCGUCAAGGCCUUGCUUGAGAAAGGCGCGGAUCCUGACGGACGUGGUCGUCAUUACACCAGCGCCUUGGAAUCGGCCGUGAACAAGGAGAACUUAGAGCUUGUGGAGAUGUUGCUCGAGAAGGGCGCGAAGGUCUAUACCUAUAUGAUGGAGUUCUACGAGCGCCAGUCGUGGCAUCGGGGCCAAGAGAUACUGCAUCUAUUGCGCGAACAUGUGUAA